AUGCCACUCGUUCAUCUUCCACCCGAGUUGGUCCCCAUCAUCGCGGGGCACCUGACAAGCGAAACCGACCUCAACUGCUUCGCUCAGACCAGCCAAUGCUUAUAUCGGUGGGUCAACCCUUGUCUCUAUCAAUGCGCGGUGCGGACCAUGGGCGAAUCCCUUCUUCAUUGGGCUGCCAGUAAAGGACAGCUACAAACCCUCCUAAAGCUACUAGCCUUUGGAGCGAAACUUCCAGCAAACAAUCAGAACACCAGUACGGACUCACAUCCUAUUUCUACGGCCGCGACAUACGGCUGCGUAAACAUCAUCGAUGUUCUCCUGGAUCUAGGAACAGAUAUGGAGCAUCCCGCUGGCGUCCAUGGCGACACCCCGCUCAUUAUUGCUGUCCGUGAAGGGCACUUGCCUGUUGUCCGAAGGUUACUCGAAAGGGGCGCAAAUCCUACUCUUCCCAACAAGCUUGAUCACAGUCCUCUUGAGGUAGCCAUCAUUGCUGGAAGUCUAGCUGUGACUGAACGCCUCAUCUCCCAUGUGAAGGACCUACCGCACACUGCCGAGGUUGAUAGUCUUGGAAGGGCAUUGUGCGCAGCUGCACGCAGCAGACAGGUCGACAUUGUGAAGAUGCUGCUCUGCAAUGGCGCUCCCGUCAACUACGUACAUCGCCAGCAACUUGAGACAGCCCUCAUCAAUGCCACCCGGACUGGAGACAAUGAGAUUACCCGCUUACUGCUCGAUCACGGUGCGGACCCGAUGAUUGGUUUCGAGACAUGGGAUAGUCCAGCCCUGGUGUGUGCGGCAUGGCGUAACCACCAAUCCAUAGUCGAGAUGCUGGUUAAGAAAGACCCUAGGGUGGGGCGCCACUUCGCGGACGCGAUGGUUGAGGCUGCUAAUCUGGGACUAGAGGAUAUGACGAGUUACUUCUUGCUAAAAGGUGCGAAUCCCGAUCACCUAAGGAGUGGGUAUAGAACGCCUCUGUCAUGCGCCGCCCAGCAUGGCCAUGUAGGCGUUGUCAGAGUCCUACUCACAGCCGGGGCGGACAUGAAAGCCAACGAUAAUCAUGGACGUACGCCAAACUGGUAUGCCUCAUGGCUCGGUUGCCCAGAAGUCCUGGCAUUGCUCCGGGAACAUAUAACGCCUGGUGCAUGUUAAGAUUAGAUCGGCAGUACUCUGUUCGAAGAGAAGAGGGUAUGACAGUGAAUUGUCGCCGGUCACUGCAUUAUACAAGGGGACGCAAGAUUGAGCACAAAACCACACAUAGCCCUUCUUUAUCCAGGGUAGCUCGUCCUGAGCAUACGAGAAGACAAUAAAUGCAUGCAUAUACUGAACAUUCGUUGCAAUAUCUCCCCAGACUCUUGUUGUUAGACGUCGCUUGUAACCUGUCAGAGCACCUAAAUUCUAUGUAUAUCGCUCAAAAUGGACUGCACUGAACAAUCAUGGGACAUACAUGCUGCAUCUAAGCACAUUGAGUGAAGCCGAGCUACAUGAAUGAAGACGACGACUGACUCAAGAUAAAUCACGCUUGCAGGGAAGCGGCGGAGACUUUCCUCUAGCCCCUAUUGGUUCUGCCCUUUAUUUCAGCAGGGAUGCAACAACAUUUACUAUCUGUCACUUCGGCAAUCACCAACUAAUG